AGAUUCAAUUAGAGCCUUAAGGACCAUUAAGAGAAACAAAGAUUCUGUCAAGAGAAGAGAAAAAGAAGUCUCAAUCCUGUGUCACACAUUUAAUAUGGAUUACUGGUGCUUUCUUAUGGUGGUGGAAUUGGUUUAUCCCUUACAGAUUUACCAUGGAAGAACUCACAAUGUCAUGCAGCUUAUACCGGCAACUUUGCUGUAGUCCAAGAUGUGGUUCAACGGUUCAUGCGAAGCCUGCAGAAACUGAAUUACAAGUUCCAUUGGAUAUACAAACAUUGAUCUAGUAACUAUCACAUAUAUCACCCUACUGAUUAAGUUGUUUCAGAAAACUCUUACUCCAGGAAAUUUUUGCUUCUUGUGAACAAUGCAAUUUGUGUAUUGUUGUAAAGCCAGCAAGUUAGAUCCAAGUUCCCAUAAAUUUUGAAACAGACAAUUCCAAAUUUGGAUACUCUGUUCUUGGUUUGUGUUUGCUUGUUUCUUCAUUUCAUAAUUCAUAUGGUGGAUAUGAACCAUUAGCAUAGUCAUUAUCGAAUAUCCAACUUUGACAUAAAAAUAGUUGUUAAUUUGUUAUGUACAGAAGUGUAACUCAUUUAGUUAUUGUAUCUUCUGCAUUUUGAAUGUUGUUUUCUAGAUUGUAAGGGCAAAUAUUAAGGCAUUUUUUUUCAAUAAGAGGUGUGAACUUUAUGUAAAGAUGAAAAAAGGGAAAUGCAAGAUUUAAGGGCCCUUUAAAGAAGAUAAUGAGUAAAAAGUUUAGGUUACAUUUGAUUAGUGGAAAGUACAAGGAAAGAAAAAAAAUGCUAAGAAAAAUUAUUUUCUUAUAUUUGGUUGUAUUAUGGAAAAUACUAAGGAAAAUAAAAUACGAUUAAAAUUAGUUAGAAAUUUUUGUAUUUUCAAAUUAUUUCAUCUUCAUGUUAAAAAAUAAAAAUAAAUAAAAUGAGUUUGAAGUAAUGUAUAAAAAUAAUUUAUUGACUACUUUUUAUUCUGCUUCAUUUUUCUUUCGUUUUAUUUUCUUUCCCUUGAAGCCAAACAUCGCCUUAAAGAAAUGAAAGCAAACUAAACAAAAUGAGAAUCCAAACCACCAAGUAGGGUAGAAAUCUUCUGUAGGAGCCCCCAAGUCCUGUGUCCUCCUCUUAGCCAAGAAGCCAUUUUCCUGAUUAGCCAAAAUAUUGCUCCAUCUAUCAAGACUCCCAGGGAAAGAUGAUUGAGUGGGCAAUGCUGUUAUGGUUCCCUAGUGUCACAAGAUGCUUCAAAUGACCCUCCCCAUGGGCUUAUAUAGGAGGUGAGAAGCUUCUAGAGACCCUUGGAGACAUCCACACUUAGCCACUAGUGGGAAGAGUGUGGAAGGUUCUAGAAAUGCUUAGAGAAGUCCACACAACUCUACACUAUGGUAGAAGGCAUGAGAAGGGUCCAAAGCUUUCUAGAGAAAUCUAGAAGUCUCUUGUAUAUAGGCUUGUACAUAGAAUAGUCUAGGACAUUCUAGAAUAUUCUUGAUUUGUAAGGGAACCCUCCAAGGUUCUAGAGAGUUCCCUUGGUGCCUAUAAAUAGGUGAGGGCCUCAUUUGGCCAAGGCACCACCCAAAAUCACUUCCUAACUAAACAAGUGAGCAUCCAAGCACUUGUAAAGGCUUCUUUGAGUAAUAAAGAGCUUCCAUUCUUUAAGGAGUUGCCUACCAAGCUUCUUAAGAUUUCAAGUCGCGAGUGUCUUAGCCGAGCAAGCUAAGCAUUGAGGAGCAAGGCUGACUUAGCAAGAUCAAGCGUCUUGGCUUGUCUAAGUGCCGCACGAGCUUAGUGAACGACUAAGUCCGUGACAAGUGGUAUCAGAGCGCGGUUACGAGGUGGGCAUAGCAAAGGAAGCAUGUCGGGUUCCAACGUGGAGGAGACUAGUGAGCAAACCCGUGGGAGGGAGACCGAGCCUACUGCACGGGGCAGGGGCAGGAAGGAUAAAUCUCGUGAUGUCGUUGCCAACAUGGAGGCAAGGUUAGCCAAGGUGGAGCUAGCCAUGGCGGACACUCGGGAGGGGUUGGACUUGAUCGAGCAAGGCAUGGAGAAGGGCUUAGAGGAUCUAAGGGAGCAGAUCCAAGACCUUCGUGAGAGGGUGCUAGUCUCACAAGUUCAGCCAGUGUCGCACGAGGAGUUUGUGUCCUUCCAAGGAAAGGUCUUGAGCAUGCUUGCUAGCAUGGAGUCAAGGAUAGAGGCCUUGGCCACUCGAAUGGAGUCCUGAGACCAGGAAGUUAGGCAGGAGUUGGCCAUCUACAAGGCUGCUGUGUCGGCACGGGUCAUGGCCACACAGGAGGCAUCUAGGGUGGAGGUGCCGAAGCCACACAGGUUUAGUGGCAAGCGGGAUGCCAAGGAGUUGGAUAACUUCUUAUGGCAUAUGGAGCGAUACUUCGAAGCUAUCGCAUUGACGGAUGAGGCGGCUAAGGUGAGAACUGCGACCCUCUACCUUACUGACACAGCUACUCUAUGGUGGCGUCGAAGGUUUGCCGAUAUGGAGAAAGGCAUUUGCACCAUAGAGACGUGGGAGGACUUCAAGAGGGAGAUCAAGAGGCAGUUCUACCCCGAGGACGUGGCUUACCAGGCUAGGAAAAACAUGAGGCGUCUCAAGCACACAGGCUCGAUACGCGACUAUGUCAAUGAAUUCUCUUCACUCAUGGUUGAGAUUCCUAACAUGACUGAGGAGGAGUUGCUAUUCAACUUCAUGGAUAACCUGCAAGGGUGGGCCGAGCAGGAAUUGAGGCGUCGAGGUGUUCAAGACUUAGCCACUGCCAUAGCAGUAGCAGAGUCUUUAACGGAUUAUAGGAGGGGAGACUCCUCCAAGGUUGAGUCUUUGGAGGAUAGCCACACCAUGGGUGGGGGAGACGAGGUUCCAAGGGACCACAAUGCUCCUAAAAAGGGAUCAGGCAAGACGUCUAACGUCCGAGAAGGAAGGGAUAAGGCGGAAAGGAAAGAGUUUACGCCUAAAAUCAAAUGCUUCCUGUGUGACGGUCCACAUUGGGCACGGGAUUGUCCAAAGAGGAAGGCGCUCAGUGCCAUGAUCGAGGAGAGGGAGCAGGAGGACGAAGCACAUAUGGGCUCAAUGCAGCUACUAGGUGCCCUCCAAUUCAACCCGAAGCCUAGUACGCCUGAGACCUCCUUACUAGCAGGGGUGCAAGUAAAGGAGGAAAAAGGGGAGCGAGCUGAGGUAGCCCGCACACACAUGGAAGAGGUCACCAAGGGAAAGGUGAACUCAAUGGGUAAGAGGAAGCAGCACUCUAAGCAUUGGAAGCGCACGGGUCUGCAUCCAUCUGAAGCCUCACGGGAGAAGAAGGUGAAGAAUAUCCUGGCUGAACGGGUCACCAGGAGACAAGGGGUCCUUCCUGUGAUAGAAUAUCUAGUCCAAUGGAAAGGACUACCUAAGAGGCAGGUAAGUUGGGAACAUGCGGAUGCCUUGAGAAAAUUCUGGAAACACAUCAAGAGGUUUCAGAAUGAGGCAACGACGAGGACGUCGACGGCAUCGGUGGGGGAGAGUGUCACAAGAUGCUUCAAAUGACCCUCCCCAUGGGCUUAUAUAGGAGGUGAGAAGCUUCUAGAGACCCUUGGAGACAUCCACACUUAGCCACUAGUGGGAAGAGUGUGGAAGGUUCUAGAAAUGCCUAGAGAAGUCCACACAACUCUACACUAUGGUAGAAGGCAUGAGAAGGGUCCAAAGCUUUCUAGAGAAAUCUAAAAGUCUCUUGUAUAUAGACUUGUACAUAGAAUAGUCUAGGACAUUCUAGAAUAUUCUUGAUUUGUAAGGGAACCCUCCAAGGUUCUAGAGAGUUCCCUUGGUGCCUAUAAAUAGGUGAGGGCCUCAUUUGGCCAAGGCACCACCCAAAAUCACUUACUAACUAAACAAGUAAGCAUCCAAGCACUUGUAAAGGCUUCUUUGAGUAAUAAAGAGCUUCCAUUCUUUAAGGAGUUGUCUACCAAGCUUCUUAAGAUUUCGAGUCGCGAGUGUCUUAGCCGAGCAAGCUAAGCGUUGGGGAGCAAGGCUGACUUAGCAAGAUCAAGCGUCUUGGCUUGUCUAAGUGCCGCACGAGCUUAGUGAAUGACUAAGUCCGUGACACUAGUCCCUUAAGAAACCUAAGAAAUCACUAUCAAAGCAUCACCCACGAGAAUCAAGAUACUCAACCCCUGAGCAGAUGUUUCUCCCAAACUCAAAUAGCCCAACUAUUCCCUCUCGGUUCCAGAAUAGCCAACAAAUCAUCAUUCUAUGAAACCCUUGCAACAUUUUUGGCAUCAAAGGUGCCUAUCAAGCAGUACACAAAUAUCAAACUCCAUCUCAUAGGUUUUGAAUCUAUCAAAUUCUUACAGUGAAUUUCUUGUUGUGUCUCCAUUAUCUUCAUCAUGCAUUCCUUUAAUUAUAGAUAUGGUGAAAGUUUACAGUUUCUAACCUCUAUAGUUCAGACUAUUUCCUCAAACUUGCUUUUAACAUUUUCAAUUGUAUUGUCAGGUCCUGACUCUGAUAGAAAAAAGGAACAAAAUGGAGAAUUUGAAGAAAUAGCCAGCACAAAGCUUUAUAUUCUAACAAUCCUAUGGUGUUUUUGCUAUAUGAAAACUCAUCUUUUGCCUCACCAGUCCUGUAAAUUUUUUUUUUCUAUUUGAUAAUACAGGGCCUGCAGAUCAGAAGUUAUUGCUGAUUACUUUUGCAGGAUUCCCAUUUUUUCCUGGAGAGCGCAGAGGAUAUCCACAGGAAGAGGUUAAACAUCGCCCCCAUUGCGAUGAACGAUGAUUGGUAGCCGUUAUGUUGGUAAGAAAAAGAAAAGGUAUUGGAUUUACAGUCCUGCAUUAUGGGCAUUUUAAAUGGAGAUUUCAGGAGCAGUAAUAAAAAACAUAGAUAGGAAAAGGGCAAGAGAAGAAGAAAUCAUUAAGAGUAGAUAUGAUACAUUCUCAACACAGACAAGCUAUUUAGCUGGAGAUCGGAAUGAUAGGAGAAAACUACAAAUUACAAUGCCAGCAUCACUCAAAUAACUUCUUGAAUCUCAUCCAAAGCAUAAUUGUUUG